AGCCGUCACACGAGACGGUUGGGCGCGCAGCUCAGCGAGAGUAUUUCCCCAUUGUGAAUUGAAUUUCGCAUUCACACACACACACACGCACGAACAAAAGCGCGUACGCACAUACACACACGUAUAUUGUGAACAUGUUGCUGUGACAUGUAAACAAAACGCGGCGAACACAGAAGAUGCUGAUAAAUAGGGCGACUAAAGCUGAGAGUGCAGUGCAAAAGUUGAACGGAAGUUGAUAAGCACAAGCGUAUAAUAAGCGAGGCACACAAAUAACGUUAACCAAUAACUGUGAAAGCUGAAAGAAAUGCGCAGAUGCAUUGUAACCGGCUAAGAGCUAAGAGGACGUAAGAUGAGACACGUGAGAUAGCCGCAAAACGUUGCAAGCAACCCCAUCGAUAUACCUCCAGCAUGCCAAUUUAAUAGCCGAGAGAGCUAAAAAGCACAAUAUACACGCAUACAUACACAUACUUACGUGCACAUACACUAUCAGCAUAGCUCACAUCAGAAUCACAUCAACAUCAACAAAUUCGUUCGGCUUAGUGCUCAAAUUAACUGUGUGAUAAGCAAUUUCUUUUGGACAAAUUAUGGCUCACUUCAGCGGUCAUCGGGCACCCACCGAGGUGCCCGCGCACUUUAAAAAUCUGUUCACGGAUGGCAAACUCGGCGACGACGAUGACAGCGUUGACAACAAUAACAAUAAUAAUAAUAAUAAUAACAACAACAAUAAUAAUGACCAGAAGAACCAACCUGAUAAUGCAAAUAGCGACUGCCAAGCCGUCUGCUGGGUCUUCGGCUACGGCUCGCUAUGUUGGUAUCCGGGCUUCAACUACACCAAAUGCAUAACGGGCUACAUACGUGGCUACGUGCGUCGCUUUUGGCAAGGCAACGUCACUCAUCGUGGCACCGAGGAAGCGCCUGGGCGUGUUGCUACACUUGUUGAGGACAAAGAGGGCAUUACAUGGGGCUGCGCAUAUAGAAUAACAGGCUCAACGGCGCUGGAAUAUCUUAAGCAGCGCGAAUGCACGUUAGGUGGCUAUGCAACGCUCGAAACAAAAUUCUUUCCCCGCGUCGCUUCUCAUGACACGCCCUUUAGCGGCGAGGCCCUCGAGGUGUUGGUCUAUGUGGCUACACCGGAAAAUAGCCAUUGGCUGGGUGAAGCGCCAUUGGAGGUUAUAGCACAACAAAUCGCGAAUUGCCGUGGUCCUAGUGGGCACAAUGCGGAAUAUUUACUGCGAUUGGCACUUUUCAUGCACGAGGAGAUACCGGGAGUGCGGGAUGAACAUUUAUUUGAGUUGGAACGGCUGUUGCUCGAAGAGAUUUAUCGCAAGGAAAUACCUCUGUCAUCUCUAAUGGGACGCAAUCCUGACCGCAUACGUCGCGACUCUCACGAAGACGUACGUCGCCCGCCAUCAUUCGAGUUCACUUCUCGAAUACCGGACACCAAGUUGCGCUGCCUGAAUAUUUGAUUGUGGUAUUGGUCUCGGCCCAAAAGGAUAUACAUGUGAAGUUUUCACAAAUUCAAUAUCAGUAACCAACUUAGGAUACGAGAGUCUACGACUUAUAUCUAUGUAUUCUUUAAAUUGUAAAUAACCAUAGCCUUAACUGUAAGCAGCAACUACUCUCGAUAACUGAUCUGAUACUAGUAUUUUAAGCCUUUACUAAGUUCUCGUAGUGCGUAAGUCGCGUCCAUAACGCACACAUUUACAUUUAUAUACAGAAGUGCCCAAAAAUAUGAGGAAAAGUCCAAUAAGAAAUUAA